AUGACCACAGCGCCCUCGAGCGGAAUGCCUUGCGGCGCAAGAGACACUGGCUAUGCCGACAGCUAUGCCGAUCACGACCGUCAUGAAGGCCAAGCAGGCUCGUCGUCAUCCGCCGCUGCAGCACCACGAAGUCGCCACCUUCCACACCUCCAGCCUAAGCAGGCCGAGGACGGGGAUCACGACGACGACGAUGUCAGUAACGCCAGCGUACCACCCACGCCCUCCUUCCCUCCACCCCACCGCUCAAACACCCUCUCAAAGUCGUACACACCUUCAGAAGAGUCUUCUCUUGUGCGCAAACUCGACCGCAACCUAACCCUCUUCCUCUCCCUGUUGUACCUCCUCUCCUUCCUCGACCGCUCCAACAUCGGCAACGCGCGCAUCGCCGGCCUGUCCACCUCUCUCGAUCUCACCUCCGCCCAAUACUCCAGCCUCCUGACGGCGUUCUACAUCACGUAUAUCCUCUUCGAGCCGCUGAUCCUGUGCUACAAGUUCCUGCCGGCAAGAUGGUAUAUCCCUGCCUGUGUGGUCGCGUGGGGCGUCGUGGCGAGCUGUCAGGCUACGGUGACACGGUAUGGGCAGUUGGUGGUGUUGAGAGGGAUGUUGGGAGUUACGGAGGCGGCGUUUGGGCCGGGUGUGCCGUUCUACAUGACGUUUUUCUACCGGAGAAGGGAAUUAGCGUAUCGGGUCGGGCUGCAGGUCAGUGCGGCGCCGUUGGCGACGAGUUUUGCGAGUUUAUUGGCCUGGGGGAUUGUGUGGGUGAAUGAGCGGGUUGGGAUUGGUGGGGUGGAGAGCUGGCGGGUGUUGUUUCUGGUGGAGGGGUUUCCGAGUGUGCUGGUGGGCGUGUGGGCGUUGUGGUGGGUGCCGGAUGGUCCGGGGAGUGCGAGGUGGUUGUCGGUGCGGGAGAGGAGGGUUGCUGUGCUGCGGCUGGUGGGUGAGGGUGGGAGUGGGAGCGAGAAGCAUACUUCGACAGCAGCAACGUCGCAUAUGGGAUUUGGGAGCCGCACGACGACAUUUCUCCGCGAAACAGUCAACACCCUCCGCGACCCCAAGUGCUACCUCACCGCUUUGAUGUUCUUCUCGGUCAACGUCAGCUUCGCUUCGUUGCCAGUCUUCCUCCCAACAAUCGUCAACGAUAUGCGCUUCUCACCCGUGGCAUCCCAAGCACUCGCCGCACCACCCUACCUGUGCGCCUUCGGUUUUGUACUCCUCGUGGGCCACUAUUCCGACAAGAUCUCCGACUCCCGCGGCAUCUUCUUGUGUCUGUGCGCCGGCAUGUCCAGCCUCGCUUACUUUGUCAUCGCGAUCGUCGGUGCUGUACUCAACACAGACUCCACGCUGAGCAUCGUGUUGAGGUACGCGAGCGUGUACCCGGCCGCAAUGGGGCUGUUCAGCAGUGUGGUGCUGAUCAUAACGUGGACGCUGAACAACCAGGAGAGCAGUAGUGGGAAGGGAGUCGCGAUGACUUUAUUGAAUGUUUUGGGACAGUGUGGGCCGUUGGUCGGGGUGAGAGCGUUCCCAGAUGGCGAUGCGCCGGGUUUUGUGAGGGGAAUGUGUGUUUGUGGGAGUUUCAUGGCUGGGGUAGUGGGGCUGAGCGUGUUGCUGAGGUGGUGGCUAGGGAGGUUGAAUAGGAAAGGAGGAGGCGCUGGCAACGGAGGCGAGAUGGAGAUGCGGGAGAGGUUGAUGGGUGGUGACGGUGAUGGUGAUAAGGAAGAAGAUGAUCUGAAGUUGAAGGAGGUGAGUAGGAGGGAAGAGGAGAGAUUCGCAUUCAUGUUGUAA